AUGCCAACGCUUGAUCGCCCCUUUGGGCUGCACCUUUGGCCCUAUUUCAGCAGCGGCUUCACUGCGGUCACAGGGAAGUCGCCGUCUGACUUUCAAAUGAUCCCGGGUGUUACGCCAAUGACUACACUCCAGGGGACUCUCGUGUCACUUGCGAGUUAUUACUUUGUGAUUCUGGGAGGGAGACAGCUGAUGAAAGGCUUUCCUGCCUUCAAGCUGCAAACACCGUUUAUUAUCCAUAACUUCAUUCUUACCUUGAUCAGCGGCGGUCUGUUGGUGCUAUUUGUCGAGCAGAUGCUGCCAACGCUCUGGAAGGAUGGAGUGUUUGUUGCUAUCUGCCAUGCUAAGGGUGGUUGGACCGAUGAGUUGGUACUGCUCUACUACCUUAACUAUCUCACUAAAUAUUUGGAGCUCCUUGAUACGGUGUUCUUGGUCCUGAAGAAAAAGCCCUUGACAUUUCUCCAUACCUACCACCAUGGAGCAACUGCACUGCUAUGUUAUGUGGAGCUCGUUGGGCAGACUUCUGUAUCCUGGGUUCCGAUCACAUUAAACCUCACUGUCCACGUGGUAAUGUAUUGGUACUACUUCCAAAGUGCCCGUGGAAUUCGGAUUUGGUGGAAGCGGUAUAUUACUAUUCUUCAAAUCAUCCAAUUUGUUAUUGAUAUUGGCUUCAUCUACUUUGCUUCCUACACAUACUUCGCCUCGACCUACUUCCCCUGGGCCCCCAAUGCCGGGAAAUGCAUGGGCGAGGAGUACGCAGCAGGCUUUGGCGUCUUUAUCAUCAGCUCUUACCUCCUGCUCUUCAUUUCAUUCUAUCUGACCACCUAUAAUGCCCGCGUCCCACAGCAGUAUCAAAAGAUUGCGCGAAGCUUAACCAGCAAGAAGCAGAAGGGCUUGUGA